GGCGUAGCGGGCGGCGUGGGUUUGCAGCCGCGCGCGCCGCGUCUCCCUCGCGCCCCCCCGGCGCCGCCCCCACCGUCCCGCCCCCGGCGCGGCCUGGGUCCGGCUGGCCGCGGGGUCCGGGAGGCGCGCGCCGCGAUGGAGCUGCACAUCCUAGAGCACCGGGUGCGGGUCCUGAGCCUCGCCCGCCCGGGUCUCUGGCUCUACACCCACCCGCUCAUCAAGCUGCUCUUCCUGCCCCGCCGCAGCCGGUGCAAGUUCUUCAGCCUGACGGAGACCCCCGAGGAUUACACGCUCAUGGUGGACGAGGAGGGCUUCAAAGAGCUGCCCGCGUCCGAGUUCCUGCAAGUGGCCGAGGCCACUUGGCUGGUGCUGAACGUGUCGUCCCCCAGUGGCGCGGCUGUGCAGGCUGCUGGGGUCACCAAGAUUGCCCGCUCCGUCAUCGCGCCGCUGGCCGAGCACCACGUGUCUGUGCUGAUGCUGUCCACGUACCAGACGGACUUCAUCCUGGUGCGUGAGCAGGACCUGUCUGUGGUCAUCCACACCCUGGCCGGGGAGUUCGACAUUUACCGAGAAGUGGGCGGGGAGCCCGUGGCCAUCACCAGAGACGAUUCCAGCAAUGGCUUUCCCCGGGCACAGCAUGCAGGCCCCAGCCCCACGGUGCACCCCAUCCAGAGCCCACAGAACCGCUUCUGUGUCCUCACACUGGACCCCGAGACACUGCCAGCCAUUGCCACCACCCUCAUUGAUGUCCUCUUCUACUCGCACAGUGCCCCCAAAGACGUAGCUGCGGGUGGGCCCGGGCCCAGCUCCAUCACAUUCUUCGCCUUCUCCCUCAUCGAGGGCUACAUCUCCAUCGUCAUGGAUGCCGAGACGCAGAAGAAGUUCCCCAGUGACCUCCUGCUGACCAGUUCCUCAGGCGAGCUGUGGCGGAUGGUACGCAUUGGCGGCCAGCCCCUGGGCUUUGAUGAAUGCGGGAUCGUGGCCCAGAUUGCGGGGCCCCUGGCCGCGGCUGACAUCUCUGCCUACUACAUCAGCACCUUCAACUUCGACCAUGCCCUGGUGCCCGAGGACGGCAUUGGCAGCGUCAUUGAGGUGCUGCAGAGGCGACAGGACGGCCUGGGCUCCUGAGGCCGCCGCCGUGUAGGGCCCUCCCCUCGCCCCUUGGCUUCCAGAGACUUCUCUAAGCUACUUCCUCAAGCUCUGGGAGUAAAGCCUCUACUUGCCCCCCCCAGUUCCCACCAGGGGCCCCUUUUGAUCUGCUCUCUUGUAUGUAAGCUGCAUGCAGACACCCGUUCUCAUGUGGGGACACAUGUGUCUGCCCACACAGGGGAACACGGUGCUCCGGGCUUCCGCGUGCUUCCGCGUGGAGGCCCCUACCCACCACUCCCAGAGGCCUCGGCGUUUGCACAUUCCCUGCCUGAGGCCUGAGCCACUGCCCUCCCUUCCUUUCUCAGCCCGGGCCAGCUGCUCAGGACAGGGCCCUAUCUCCGUUCUGCCUCCGGCUGGGGGACCUUCCCUAGCCGAAUGAGUUCUGACAGUGCCUGCCCCCCGUGUGGGGCAUCCAGCAGAAGUGUUUGUGCAUCUCCUUUUUUUAUCAACAGGUAAUAAAGGGCUUAUUACGA